AUGCCUCCAUACUUCCACCUCUCCCUGGAAAGGCGAGCCCUCUCGGUGGACCAGAACAUCUUGAUGACCCACCUGGUGGUGUGGCUUCUCACACUCGUAGCAGGCAUCCUGCUGGCUCUACGACUAUUCACAAAGUGGCUCAGGGCACAACAAUUGUGGUCAGAUGAUGGUUUCCUGAUAGCAUCAUGGGUCAUCACAAUUUUCUACGCAGCCAUGACCUCCCUCGAGCUAGCGCUAGGCGCAGGCCGUCGCGAGACCUCGAAGCCUCCCCCAGGCGCGCCGUCGGCGAUCCCCCUGCUGGACCACGUCACCCGCAGCCUGGCCCUGACGGCGGCGGCGUGGAGCAAGACGUCGCUCGCCUGCACGCUGCUCCGCCUGCAGUCGCCGCGCCCGAUCCGCGCCGCCCUGUACGUGAUCAUCGCGUUCGUGAACAUGGUCCUCGCCGGCGCGGCCAUCACCCACUGGCUGCGGUGCAGGCCGAUCGCGGCUGGGUGGGGGGUUGGUGAUGGGACGUGUUGGAGCAUCAGCGUGCAGAAUAUCGUGCAGCUCAGCGCGCAUGCGUUCUCUGCGGCCAUGGAUCUUGCGCUGGUGGUUGUUGUGUGGCAGGUUUUGUGGACGAAGGGGUUGAGUGUUGGGGAGAAGGUUGGUGUUGGUACUUUGAUGGCGCUCGGUGUCUUAGCGAGCGCAACAUCAGCCGUCACAUGUGUUAAACUCUCCAACCUAACCGACUCAAACUUUCAGCAAGCCAACAUCGGCGUCUUACUCUGGGCAUCAAUGGAGCCCACCAUCACAAUCAUGGUAGUGUCCAUCCCGACGCUACGCCUUCUGAAUCCAUCACGAGGGCACCAGAAACUCUUCUCACGCGACAACAUCCGCGUCGUGCGGACAGACGACAGCCGGAUCGGCGCGCCCAUCUUCAAGCAGCACGCAGUGAGCGCCACGACACCCAACUCGACGGCGGCGCCGCCGCGGCCACCACGGCCAACAUCAAACCAGUCCUUCUGGACGGACAGCUCGUCGAUCCUCAAGGGCGGCGACAGGGGCCUGACGCACGAGGCAUCGACCGAGGACCUGAUCCAGCAGUCGCCCGUGUACAGCAGCCACGGCCACCAGAACGGGAACAACAACGCGUACCCGACGGUCGACAACACGCUCGGCGUCCCGGACGCGGGGGGCCGCGACACGCUCAAGCCCAGCACCAACGGCAAGCGGCUGACGCCGCUGGAGGAGGAGAGCAGCCUGCGGGGGUCGAGCGUGUCUGGCGGCGGGAUGAUGAUGGGGAACAGCAACUAUGCCAACCACUUUGACAGCUACUACGGCGGCAACAACUACCGGUCCAGCUCCAAGUACAGCACGGGCGCGUUCAUCGACACGUACGGGACGCAGGCCAGGGGCGUGGUCGAGGGCAUGGAGCUCAUUGUGCCGCUGGGCCAGCAGCAGCAGCAGAAACAACAACAAUAUCAACAACAAUACCCGCAAUACCAGCAGUACUCGCAGCAGCAACAGAGCCAGAACCAGUACCAGAACAACCACUCGCGCCAGCAGUCAUCUCACCGGCGAAAUCCCUCUGUGACCGAGGCGCCGAUGUACAUGAAGCCUGUGACUGCCACAGGCGGAUAUGGGGGGAUGCUAUGA